AUGUAUUUAUUAAUUUUAAGUAUAUUGUAAUUUGCCAUCGUGAUUUAAACUGAAGAGACAAACAAUAGUGAAUAAGAGAUUUCAGAUUAUUGUGAUGCAGUUGCAAAAGACACUUCUUUUAAGGUUAAUCUAACAGUUUCAGAUAUUGACAAUAAAAAUUAUUGUGUUGAAGGCGGAUCUCGUGUGGCUUUAUUCGACACAAUUUAAUAAGAAGAUCAAUAUGUGUAUUUGUCUGAACAUUAUUGUGCCAACUUAUAACAUUAUCCAAUCACUUGCGAACAAUAUUAUCAUGCUUCAGAAUAUGAUCAAAAAGUAAAAAUUUAAAGACUAUCAAUUAGGCCAAAGCCAAUUAUAAGAAGCUCUAUGAAGAUUAUAAGGCCACUGGAGUCCCCAACUCUGAUUGUUUGGGUAUUGCAAGAUACGUUUUCUGUGCUGAAUAAUUCAAAUAUUGUAGUAGUGAUGAUGGAAAUACUGAUUAUGAAAUCUGCAGUUUCUUAUGUGUAAUUUGGCAAAAUAGAUGCCCUGAUUACAGUGAUAUUUAUGAUCGAGUUUGUGCUAAUGGAGGAGGAGAAAAUGGAAUUUGCAGUUAUGCAAUUAACUAUACUUUUCUGUUGUUUUUCAUUCUAUUUUUAUUAUCUUGA